UUCCACUUACCCUGAAAUCGCGCAGGAUCCUUGCGCGCGAAAUACGCGUACGCCGGUGUACGGACGUCGUGUGCUGUGCCUCGCUGUACAUACCUGUGAAUAGUGUAUUUUAAGCCUUAGUUUUUAACGAAAUCUGUUAUAAGUGAAGAACGCACGCGAUACGAAAGGGGAAACGGAAAAUAGGUUAGAAGGAAAGAACAAAUCAAUCAAGUUUUCUUCGGAACGAUUCUUGCAUUUAUGUAUUUAUAUCGAAGGCUGACUGCUUCGCUAUAGAUCCUUUCCCGCCGAGGUAAAAAUUAACAUACACGCGCGUACGCGCGCACGCACACACACACACACACAUACGCAUAUAUACAUACAUACAUACACACACAUAGAGCAUAUACAAAAGAAAAAGAACAGAAAAAAAAUAACGAAUCAAGUCUUCGUAUAACAUAAAAUAUACAAUAAAUCAUCUCAUCCUCGUCUCUCUCUUCCUCUUUCUCCCUUCUAUUAUUUCGAGUUGGGAUUAGCAUUAUUAUAUUCGAUCACGGCGACGAAUGGAGGAUACGAUUUUUAUUUAACUUUUCUUUGGCCUUCUACCUCAUCUUAUCGUGUUUCCCCUUCGCUUUUCUCUCUCCUUCUCCCUUCACCCUCUCUCUCUUUUUCUUUCUCUGUUUUUUUCAAGUUUUAAGUAAAUCGCCUUCCCAAGCGAAAAAUUGUAUAGUUUCAGAUUAGUUUAGGAAUUUUCCAUCAUCCUUCUGUCCUCUUUUUUCUCUCCUCUGCUUCUAUCUUUUACUUUUCCUUCUGAUCGACGAAUUUUUUUCGUUUUGACCAAGCAGAGGUUAUAUUGCCGUCAUCGUUGUCGUCACUGCUAUUAACGAUCAUAUUCGUUACCUGAAACUUUUCCCAGAUAACUAAAGCUGAAGCCGCGUGUAUUACACUUAGGUUCUCGCUUUUAUAUAUCCCCUCUUUUCUCUUUUCCAAUUCUCUAUCUGGGCUGUUGUGUAUUCUUCGUUGUUUGUGCGUGUGUAUAUUACGCGUUCUUGGUAUUCACAUAUAUAUAUAUAUAUAUAUAUAUAUAAUAUACAUACAUAUAUAUAUAUCUAUAUAUAUAUUCAUACACAGAACAGCGCUUACGUUACGAUACAAUCUUUCUCUCUCGACUUCAAUCGUUCGUGCAUCGCGUCUCUGUCGAUGUUGUCAAAAAAUCCGGCAGUAAGCGCGCGCCACAAAAGAGCAGCAGCUGCCAUUGCUGGCUGCGGUGGCUGGCGUUCGCUCGCGUUCAGCAAGCGAUCGUAAAUAUAUCGCCCUUGGAGUUGUUCCUUUCUUGUCGAUCGUCCUCGUUGUAUCAUCGUCCGUGUUGCAUAGUCGCUGUUGUUGUCAUAGUUGUCUUUUUUGUCAUCGUCAUCAUUAUCGUCCUCGUCGUCGUAGUCGUAGUUAUAGUCAUCGACAUCGUCAUCGUUAUUGUCGCCGUUGUCGUUGUUGUGGAAAUGACAGGAAAGAGAAAGGGAGAGGGAGAGAGAUAGAAAAAGAGAGAUGUCACACAUUUAACGCGCCACGCGUGGAACAUGUUAUUGCGGCAGAAACGUAGCGGACAUUGAAGAGAGAUCACCAUCGUGCGUGGUUCGCCCAAACGCCGGUUCUUCGUUGCGGGCCUAACCUUUCGAUUUACGGACGCUCGCUUGUGUGCAUUUACUCGCUCGCUCAUUCGUUCGCACGUUCGCUCGCUCGUUCGUUCGGUCGGUCGGUCGGUCGGUCGUACGUAAGUACGUACGUACGUACGUUCGUUCGUUCGUUCGUUCGUUCGUCCGUUCGUUGGCUCGCUCGCUCGCUCGCUCGCUCGCUCAUUCGCUCGUCUUAUACUAUAUCAUUCGUACGGCGCGUGUGUGUGCCUGCGGAAGAACGGCUGCUGCGGGUUUGACAGGACGAUGAAGUGGCUCGGUGCGAGCACCGCUGGCGCCGGCGGUGAACCGGCACCUUCAAUACAACUGCAUCAUCCUUCAGCGAACGGUCACAUACCCACGGAUGCAGAACAGUGUGGCCAAGCAAUGGCUGGUGGUGAUAGUAUGCGAAUACAACCUGGUCAGGCUCAUCAGAUUGGAGCUAGUAGAACUCAAGAUGAUGCGAUGGUUGGAUAUGUAUUUCAACGACCUACGGAACCAGAAUUUAAUGCACAAUCUGCAAAUUUCCAAACAAAACAAACUCCAAGAACAUGGACGUUAGCGGACGAUACUAUUGUCGAUAAUAAUCAAGAGAAAUGGAAAUAUCCCAUGACUAAACUCAGUAUACCACAACAAAGUCAACCACAACAAUUGGGUUUACAAACAAUGAAUAACAUACAUUUACCAUAUGAGAUUCAUCCUAUGCAGCUUAAGAGUGGAGCUCCUGGAGCAGAGCAUUUGGUUUACCUUAACAAUCAAAUGACAGCCCAGCAGCAAGUUGCACUUUUUCACCAUCAACAACAGCAACAGCAGCAGCAAUUCAGAAAUGGACAGAUCGCUCCCUCGGCAAAAAAGCUCUGGGGUGUGGACGAAGGCGGCUCCAAGGACGAGGGUGGUGUAAAAGGUGGUGGGAUACUUCACCUGGGAGACCACCAAAUGUGGCGAGAUUCUACUUGGAGCACCUCAGAUCAUGCAGUGUCACAACCAAUAUCGAUGGGUACGGGUAGACGUGUGGGUGUUGGGACCGGAUAUCAUCAUCAAACUUCAGAAGUUGGGACAGUUCUUAGUCCUAGAAGCAGUGAAACGGGUGGAUUGGGAGUUAAAAUGGUUGAAUAUGUUCUUGGUUCAAGUCCCACAACACCAAAAGAUUUAGAACCUCGAAUGGUAUCUCUUAGAUUGAAUACGGACACAGAUAAAAAGGAAAAAGACAAAGGAUCUGCUAGUCCUUUUGAUAGUUCGAAGGAUGAUACUGGUCCACAAGGAAAUGGAUUAGCAUCACAGAAUGGUCUCGAUGAUGAUAAAGGUUUCAAUCGUACACCAGGUAGUCGUCAACCAUCCCCGGGUGAAGAAGAAUUUCAAAAAAAUGCUGCAGCAACGUUAGCAGUGAGCGCCGGCGGUGGUGGUGUAGUUUUGUUAAAACCAGGUGUCGAUGUUGUUGGAAGCGAGGAACAUUUUAUGGCAGCGUUUGCUCCUGCACCACCACAUCAUCUUCAACAUCAUCAGGCACCACCUACGCAUCAUCUGCAGCAUCCUCAUUCUCACGCGGCACAACUUUUUGGGGCGCAGGCGCCACCACCCCCGCAAGCUCCACCACCCUCUCAGCAACAACAACAACAGCAAGGCCCUCCUCAACCACAAGACACUACAACUCAUUUUGAUGUACAGCAAUUGUUUCGCAGUCAGCCGCAAGGCGCAACGCCGCAACAAUUACAAUUGCUACAACAGCAACAGCAACAGCAACAACAACAACAAUAUCUGGCCGCGUCUCAGGCUCAACAGCAACAACAACAGCAACAACAGCAACAACAAAAUUUUCCCACGGCACCGUACACCGUUAUAAGUGGACAAGAACCAUAUGUAGGAGCUUUGAUAGCUGGUGCACCGCCACCAGUGGUACCUCAGUAUUAUGGAGUUGGCCCGUGGGUUUAUCCCGCUGGUCUACUACCGCAAGCACCUCCGCAAGCUGCGGCCCCACCGCCACCGAGACGACCGUUAACACCUUCCUCGGCAGCGGCCGCGGCGGCUGCGGCCCAAGACACCGCAAAUAAUUUGGCACAAACGGUUCAAGGUCAAUAUCAGGUUAUACCAGCUUAUUACGAUCAAAAUGGAUCCAUAGUUAUGGGCGGUGUACGCGGCCUUAGUUCCGCGGCAACUCCGAUGAGAUUAGUCAGCCCAGCACCCGUUCUAGUGAACAGAGCUCCUUCUCAACCACCUCCUGGACCACCUGCUCCUCCACCACCGAGUCUUUAUUCACAGGCGACCCCGACAUCGCAUAGUAAUGCCACGCCUGGUGAAUGUUUAGGUUUGGGACUUGGAGCAUCAUCGACAGGAAGAAGGGAUUCCUUUGAUAGGAAUACAUCGGCAUUUAGCCCAAGUUUGGAAUACAGUCGAGCGAAAUGGCCACAAAGUUAUGGAGCUCUUGGUACAGUAACGGCUUCGCCAAGUCCAUUAGGAUUAUCUUUAACUCCACCACCAACUUUGGGAGGAUCUUUGGGUGGACUUGUAGGAGGUGCGAAUCGAGUAUCAGCUGCUCCAGGUGCCGAAGCUAAAUUCCGUGCAAGCGCUGUACCAGCAUUAACAGCUAAUGGUGUAUUCGGUUCGAGCAGUUCUCUUUUCCCAAAUUUGGUCGGUAAAGCAGGCCGUACCGGAGCUACGAAUAUCGGGGAUAAAAAUGCUGGAGGUCGAUCUCGUCUUUUGGAGGAUUUUAGAAAUAAUCGAUUCCCGAGUCUUCAAUUACGUGAUUUGGUUAAUCAUAUCGUUGAGUUCAGUCAAGAUCAACAUGGUUCACGUUUCAUUCAACAAAAAUUAGAACGUGCUUCUGCCAGCGAGAAACAUCUCGUAUUUCAAGAGAUACUUGCUUCUGCUUAUUCUCUUAUGACAGACGUUUUUGGGAAUUAUGUUAUACAAAAGUUCUUUGAAUUUGGAACGCCCGAACAAAAAUCUACUUUAGCGCAAAAGGUUCGAGGCCAUGUGUUACCUUUGGCACUACAGAUGUAUGGCUGCAGAGUAAUACAAAAGGCUCUUGAAUCUAUUGGGCCGGAACAGCAACAAGAAAUUGUACGAGAAUUAGAUGGGCAUGUAUUGAAAUGCGUUAAAGAUCAAAAUGGAAAUCACGUUGUUCAAAAAUGUAUCGAAUGCGUCGAACCAAGAGCAUUACAGUUUGUUAUCGGUGCAUUUGCUGGACAAGUUUAUUCAUUGAGUACUCAUCCGUAUGGAUGUAGAGUAAUUCAACGUAUAUUGGAACAUUGCACUCCUGAACAAACACAAGGGAUUUUACAAGAAUUGCAUGCCGCCACCGAUCAGCUUAUACAGGAUCAAUAUGGUAAUUACGUCAUUCAGCAUGUACUCGAGCAUGGAAAGCCAGAGGAUAAAACACAAUUGAUUAGUAGCGUCAGGGGUAAAGUACUUGCACUAUCACAACACAAAUUUGCAAGCAAUGUUGUGGAAAAAUGUGUUACCCAUGCUACGAGACAGGAACGCGCCGUUCUCAUUGAAGAAGUUUGCGGUUUUAAUGACAACGCGCUCAAUGUUAUGAUGAAGGAUCAAUACGCUAAUUACGUGGUACAGAAGAUGAUAGAUGUGGCAGAGCCUGCACAACGUAAAGUGUUGAUGCACAAGAUUCGCCCGCAUUUAGGAAGUCUCCGCAAGUAUACGUAUGGCAAGCAUAUAAUCGUUAAAUUAGAAAAAUUCUUCAUGAAGACAGCAUCCGCUAUGGGAGUAUCAACGCCAGCUGGUGCCUCGAAUAAUAGCGGAGAUCUUGGACCGAUCGGACCUCCAGCAUCCGCUGCUGGUACUGUUUCUACGCCGGCGCAACAGUCCACGCAGGUUUUAUAAGCGCACGAUUUUUGAAACUCUCUUCUCUCCCCCCCUCCCACCAAAUAAGCAGAAAAUUUUCACAUGCCCGACACCACCAUACUUUACGGUAAACAUCGACUAGGCUCAUCAUUCUACAUUUAUCUGUUUACAUCACCAUAUUUUACGCAUUUCGAGAGUUACGUUAUGAUUAUCUUUCUUCAAGUAUAACAUACUAAGAAAGAAUGAAAGAAAGAAAGAAAAAAAAAAGUAAAAAAAUUAAUCUAGAAUUUAGCAGGUUCGUUAAUGCAAAGAAUGGAUGGUUGUUAUUAUUUCUUACAGCAUUAUUAAACUUACGUUAUUUGUACAGAUUUUCGAAAAUUUCAUUGAUAAAAUGAGAAUCAUGGCACGAUAUAUAUAUAUAUACACAUACACUGACACACACACAUAUAUAUAUAUAUACACACAUAUAUAUAUAUAUAUUUUUUUUCUUUCAUGAAAAAUAAGUGUCUCCGAAAAAGGGGAAACGAAAAAGGAAGAAAGAAAAAGAACACGCAAAUUCGUAGAUUCGAUGGUUAAGAAAAAAAAAAAAGAAAGAAAGAAAGAAAGAAAGAAAGAAAGAGAGAAAGGAAAGGUGUGCGAUAGUGCAUUUUUUCUAUCGUUGCAUUAUUAGAGAAGAAAAUAUAUUCUUCGAGAGUUUCAUGUAUUAAUUGAAUUGUAUUCAAAUAUCGUAAAGAGGUUAGCAUUAUUAAUGACGUUCGUCAAUGAGUUUUCGUUUGAGAAGACGGUAAGCUAUGGGCAUGUUAUAUAUAAACAAACAAACAAACAAAAUAAUAAUAACAACAACAACAAGAAGAAGAAGAAGAAGAAGAAGAAAAAAGAACAAAAGAAAGAAUGAAACUGAUAGAUAAACGAAUAUACGCGAAAUUAAUCGUGGCGGCUAAGAUGGAUAUAUAUAUAUAUAUAUAUAUAUAUAUAUAUAUAUAUAUAUAUAUAUAUAUGCUGACAUAUAUAAAAGAAAUCGUUCGAAGAGAUAUGAUUAAAUCUCACAUAAAUAAUGAUUAAAGAUCGAAAAGUGUUAUCGAAAGGUUUGUAGAAGUUAAAGCAGCAACUCUGCUAAUGUGUUUAGAACUAAAAACAGGGCUAGAUAGAGAGAGAGAGAGAGAGAGAGAGAGAGAGAGAGAUAGAGAGAGAGAGAGAGAGAGACAGAGAAUGAGAGAAUGAGAGAGAGAGAGAGAGAAAGAGAGAGAGACAGAUAGAGAAUGAGAGAAUGAGAGAGAAAGAGAGAGUGAGACAGAUUUCGACGAUGAUUAGGAGCCGAGAGAGAUGACCGUAUUUCGCGCAGAUGUAUUAAAUCGUAAAAGUGCGUAAUAAUAAGAGCGAUUCGAAGUGAGUUUGUCGGCUAUAGUAAGAGAAACUCGGCAUAGGAAAAAAGAAAAUAAAAAAAAAAGGAUCGUGGAUGAAAGAGAGAAAAACUACUAAAAAGGGGAUGUUAGAGCCAGCUAGCAUAGUUGUUAGUGUGCUGGAUGCAUUUAUAUUGUAUUGCGCGCGCGCGCGCGACAAGCAUGUACCGCGUAAUAAAUAUAAUAAGCAGCGUUUAAAUAAUCGUAAAAGCAAAAAAAAAAAAGCAAAAGAAAAAAAAAAAGAAGUCGCGAAAAGAUGCUCAACCAACAUCUUAUUCAUAAAUCUUUCGCGAGUCUCUGCAUGUAAAACGAAACGGUAGUCCGAAAUUUUUCGCGUUUUUUUUUUUUUUUUUUUUUUUAAUUUUUUUUUUAAUUUUCUUUUCUAUUCUUUUUUCGUGCGGGUUUCUUUUUUCUUUUUUUUUUUUCUUUUCCCCUCGUUUCGCGGUAUAUACUUGAUCAAAGCACGUAUUUGCAA